AUGAGCCGCUUCCGACCUGCUCUCGCGCCUCCGGAAGGGGGCACGACUCUGACGAUUACGGGAAAAGGCUUUGUGACACCGGUUCCGGGGCUCUACUUUGAGGCCAGCGUCGACGGCAAGCUAUGCCCGUCUGUCCGAGUCGAGUCCGACUCGGUGCUGAUCUGCACCGUCCCUCCUGGUUCCGGGUCUCGCCUCACGGUUGCCAUCACCCCGGUUGUCGACAUCAGCUACGGCAGUCCGCGCGCUCCUGUGGUGUUUGACAUCAAGUUGCCGCCUUUGGUGCUGCCAGGAUUCGCUUACAAAGGUCCCACCAUCGAGCGGGUGGUUCCUACGGAGCUUCCCACUAGCGGAGGGAGGUUGACCCUCCAUGGCGCCAGCCUCGGCGUGGGAGAGGUGUCCGUUCGGGCUUCAGACGGGGUCGAGUGCACUGUCGUGAGCGCCCAGGCCGACCGUGUGGCCGUGGAUGAUGUGGGGCCGGGAUCCGGGUCCGAGAAACAUCUCACCCUCCGCAACCGCUCCGGCUUGUCAAAGGCACCGUUCUCCUAUGCAGCCCCCGUCGUCACCGAGCUUCACAUAGACGGGGCUCCAGAUUUCCCAACCUGGACUCGAAACGAGAGUUUCACGAUCAACGGGCUGAAUUUCGGCACUCACAAUACUGCAGAUCUGCUGAGGGUGACCGUAGGAGGUAUCCCAGCCUCCGCUCGCCUGGUCGCUGAGCACACGUCCUUGCUCGUGAGAGUUCCUCCCGGCGCCGGGGGCCGCGCACUCGUUCAAGUGUCCCUUGACGGGUUGUCUAGCCUUACCAACCCUGAAACCUCAAUUCCCUAUUCCCGACCGCACGUCCUGGCGUGUACAAAGUCAGGCGCUGUUCAGAGGGCGAAAUCGAGCAUCCCCGACUCGUCCGAAGUGAUUGAUAUUUUCGUUCAAGCCCAGCUUGCGAGGUAUUACAAGAACGGCAUCCGGCAAGCGGAACUAGAUCUGUUCGGCAAACCAUUUUCGAAAGAGUCGGCCAAGCAAGCCACGGAAAUUUGGAGCGUUCUGGAGCCGAAGAUCCGGAGGAUGCAGAAUAAGGUGAAUAAAGAUAUCCUUGUGAACUCAAUCACUAAGGCUUGGCAGGCUGUGAAGAAGAGCCGUGGUCUCGGUGUGGAGGAGGAUCCAAGAACAAAGAAAAGAGGUAUCUCGUAG